GCCUGAAGGUGUAUACACUAUGUUUCAUUCUGUACAAAUAUCAUUGCUGAAUGCUGCAAUAUAGAUGUCGAGGAGGCUGCCCCUCCGGCUCUACCAACUAUGUCAGCUUCAACUACGGCAAAACCCACAGUUAGCAGCGGCCUCUGCUAGGAGACUGUCCACCUUGACCGGGACUAAAGCACCAGCGUUCACUUCAUUCUUCUUUCGCAACGACCAAUGGACAGCAUUCCCCCCCGUCCCAGCUCGCUCACCGAGCAUCAGUUUCCGUUCCCAGUCGAUACCCGUGGCAUCUGCUCUGUCCUAUGCACCUCAUACGGCCCCCCUCUCGCAAUACAAGCCCACUGAGGCAUUAUCGAUCCCUAAGACGCUGAGGUUAUAUGCUGAACUCUCCAAAUCGAGGCUGAGCAUCCUCGUCGUACUGACAGCAAUGUCUGGCGUGGCCAUGUCGCCGCUCCCGACCACUGUCCCUGUCCUUCUCUCCACCGCUCUCGGGACAGCACUCUGUGCAGCAGCUGCGAACACUCUCAAUCAGAUCCAAGAGGUACCGUUCGACGCCCAAAUGAGUCGCACGAGAAAUAGACCUCUGGUGCGGAGGGCGAUCAGUCCCCUCCACGCCGCCGGGUUCGCCGUGGCUACCGGGAUAGCAGGUCCAGCCAUCCUGUGGACCAUGGUGAACCCAACCACCGCGAUACUAGGUGCUGCAAACAUUGCUCUCUAUGCGGGCGUGUAUACAUGGCUAAAGCGAAGAAGCAUCGCCAACACCUGGGUCGGCUCCGUUGUCGGCGGCCUCCCGCCUCUCAUGGGCUGGACGGCGUGUGGCGGUCAGUGGCUUCCCUCCUUCGACUCACCCAUGACUCCAUUUCUCCCCUCAUUCCUGUCCCCCAUCGACCCCGCCACCCUUGACAUCGCACUAGUCGACAACCCGCUCUCCGCCCUCUCCCUCUUCAUGCUCCUCUUCUGCUGGCAAUUCCCCCACUUCAACCCCCUCUCGCACCUCAUGCGCGACUCGUACGCCAAAGCGGGGUACCAGAUGCUAUGCGUCACCGACCCGCGUAGGAAUGCCGCUGUUGCGCUCCGCUACACCCUUCUGCUUACUGGUGUCUGCUCUGUCCUUACGCCGCUCUCUGGCCUUACGACAUGGGCAUUCGCCCUUACCAGUCUUGUGCCUAACCUUAUCUGCGUGCGCGCGGCAUGGAAUUUCUGGAGACACACUAGCGACAAGCAGGCGAGGGCGCUGUGGCAUCAUUGUCUCUGGUAUUUACCUGCAAUCCUGGGGUUGAUGAUGGUACACAAGCAGGGCAUGAAUUGGGGCGAGUGGUUGGGUUUUGUGAAGAAGGAAGAUGCGGAACAGACCAAGGUCAUUAGCUCGGAGUCUGCAGCGAAUGUACAGUGAAGUAUUAGUCGUCCGUGUCCUGUCCCUUGACCUUGAGUUUUUGAGCGGGCAUAAUUCUCGGAUAGCAGACUCACCUAGAUUAUUUACACGUGAAGUAAGGAAAUGCCCAGCCAUUACUUUUCUGCGCCUGCUAUCCGGUCUUUGCUUUAGCGGCUUUCGCGGCCUCCCUCCUCUUCUUGAUUGCAUCCAAACGCGCUUUCAACGCAUUCACCUUCUCAUCCGCCUCCUCUUGCGCCCUCUCCUCAUCUAACAAGCGAUCCAUGAUCAACUCCCUAUCCUCAAUCUCCUUUCGUUUCCGUAUAGCCUCUUCGUCCAGCGCCUCCGUCACCACAGCCGCACCCGCGGGUUCCUGGCCAGCGAGCGGCGGGAAGCCCUCAGGGAUAUCGGACGCAGGCUCCGGUUCUGCCAC